AACAUAACAGAUAAGGUACUAUACAAAUACCUUUCCGCGCCCAAUAAACAUAAAUACUUCAUUAGUACUGUAGUAUUUAUUGGUGUUAAAUAUAUUUUUUUAAAACAUAACUUAUACAAAACAUUCAAAAUGCGUUUUUCUACUGUUCUUUUGUUUUCGAUGAUUGCAAUAAUCUCAUUUCUCCAUGAGACAGAAGCAAGACGAAAGAUUCUUAGGGGCAGAAAAACCAUUACUAGGACAUAUUAUAAAUCAUUAGGAAUACCAGCUUGGUUGUCAAUCACAUUUACUGGACUCAUCAUUUUAGGGAUUUCAGGAAUAAUUUUUGCUGUAUUGCAAAAAUUUAUUAUAGUUAACAAUCAACCUCCACAACAAACACCUUCCUCUGUACCACUCACAUCAUAGAAUUCUUGGUGCAUUAAUGGUCAAACAAUAUUUAUAAUGUUAACAAUUUUAAGUAAGAUAAAAUGUUUAUUAAUAGUUUUACUAAAUGAUGUAACUAAACUACCUAUUUUUUAAUAAUUUUGUUUUGUGGUACAAUACAAUAUAAGUUGAAAAUUAAUUUUUAUAUACUAAAACUUUUUUUUAUUACGAAAUAAUUUUUUUUUUUAUGUUAACUUAAUGUAAACAAAAAUCACAAUAUAUUUUUAAUAAUAAUACAUCAUUUAUUAACAGA